AUGGGUUAUUGGAACAAGGCCCGUACAGCGUUCGCUGAGGAUCAAAACACCCAACGCUUUAGGUACUACGGCGGCAGAGCUGCUCGAGCCCUACCAUCUGCUUCACUCAAUUACCUGGUCGAGAAAGUGCCAGUUAUUUUCUGGCUACCCAAAUACAACCCUCGAUGGUUGCUCAACGAUGCACUUGCGGGCAUCACCAUCGGUGUCCUUUUGAUACCUCAAUCAUUGGCCUACGCGAAGAUUGCUACUAUCCCUGGGCAACAUGGCCUCUUCUCAAGCUGGCUUCCUAACUUUCUGUACUUCUUCAUGGGUACAUCCAAAGAUAUGUCCACUGGCCCCACCUCCCUCAUUGGUCUCCUGACGGCUGAAAUCAUCCGUGAUAUCGCAUCUGAAGGCUUCGCCCCGGAGGCCAUAGCAUCUGCUGUUGCUAUGUCGAUGGGAAUCUAUUGUUUGAUCGUCGGCUUAUUCAAACUGGGAUUCCUGCUAGAGUUUGUCUCUAUCCCGGUCCUACACGGUUUUAUCUCUGCUGCCGGUAUUGUCAUCAUGCUCGGCCAGAUUCCGUCACUGUUUGGUGUCAAAGUCGGGACGGGGACAGCAAAGAUCAUUCACGAUCUAUUUGCACAGAUACCUGACUUCAAAGGGCCCACAGUAGGUGUGGGUCUAGGAGGCAUUCUUCUUUUAGUCCUCAUGCAGAAGAUGGGACAACGAUGGGGCAAGAAGAACAAGAUUAUAUGGUUCGUCGCGCUUGCGCGCAGUGCCAUCGUCCUGAUUCUGUUCACUGGCAUCAGCUAUGGGAUCAACAAGAAUCGAGACGACGACCCGGUGUGGGAACUGAGCAAGGUCAAGUCAUCAGGAAUCGUCCAUCCUGCUAUGCCUCAGCCUAUACUCAUACAAAAGGUCUUUGCUCGCUCCGUCGCUCCCUUCCUUGCUGCUGCCAUUGAGCACCUCGCCAUUGCCAAAGGCUUUGCAAGAAAGAAUGACUAUGUCAUAGACCCUGCCCAAGAGCUGGUGUAUCUCGGAUUCGCCAAUUUCUUCAAUAGCUUCUUCUCGUCUAUGGGUGUUGGUGGUGCCAUGUCGCGCACUGCAGUCAACUCGGACACGGGCGUCAAGUCCCCAAUGUACGGCUUCAUUGCCGGUGGCUUCGUUAUUCUCGCUAUCUAUGAGCUUACUCCUGCUCUCUACUGGAUACCCAAGGCCACGCUUGCUGCCAUCAUUGUUACCGCCGUCUGGCACGUCGUCCUUCCACCCAGAGUCUUUUAUGGGUACUGGAAGACCUCCCUUGUCGACUUCAUUGCUUCUAUGCUUGCCUUCUGGGUCACACUCUUCGUUUCGACUGAGAUUGGCAUUGCUUCUGCCGUUGGUUUCAAUCUCGCAUUCCACAUUCUGUACACUGCCUUCCAGCACAUUACUCACGUCACCACUGUGGAAGACAAUAACCAAGUUGUCGAGAAGUAUCCGAUCAAGAGCAUUCCCCUAGACACCCAAGUAUUCCAACCCUCUCAAAGCGUCAUCUUCUCAAACGCGUUUCGCCUGAAGUCCCGAUGCUUCGACGUAGUGCAGACGUACAACUCAGGCUCCGUCGUGUCUCUCGAACUACAGCAGGCAAACCGCAACUGGAGCGUCUCAGGCGAGCGUCGAGUUCGCCAGCUACGCGCCAAGGUGGGCAUCGUAGACGAACCCCAUCAGAUAUCUUUCGUCGUACUGGAUUUCGCCAAAGUCGCUACCAUCGACACCACGGCGUUGAUCGCCCUUCAGGACCUCAGCAUCGACCUAGCCAAAUACGGCGGCAAAGAUCUUGAGUUGCGCUUUGUGAAUCUCAACACGCAGGUUCGUUUGAGGUUUGAGCGAUUUGGCUGGGUCCUAUAUGACUCCGCAAGUGUGACGACCUCCACGAGGGGCAGUCUGAAAGCCAACGUAGUCUACACUUCGCUCACUGAGGCACUUCUAGACCGCACUGAGGGCUCAGACUCACUUGAGAUAGGUCCAACUGAGAUCAAAGAGGUAGGCAGCGAGAAGGUUUAGGCUCCUCUACUGCUUGGUAUGAAUGAGUUUUUGGAUGUUAUGAUGACGAUAC